CUAAACCACUCAUCACUCAUCAGAACCACAAGACACAAAAAAAAAAACACAAUCUCUCUGUCUUCGAACUAGAUCGAUGUCUGAUCACGAUCUCUCUCCAGAGAUCAACUUCUGGGGAGACACACCAGAGCAAGACUACUUCACUCUCAAAGGCAUCACCGGCUCCAAAUCCUACUUCACAUCCCCUCGAGGCCUCAACCUCUUCACCCGCUCGUGGCUCCCCUCCUCCUCCUCCUCCUCUCCGCCACGUGGCAUCAUCUUCAUGGUCCACGGCUACGGCAACGACAUCAGCUGGACGUUCCAGUCCACCGCCAUCUUCCUCGCCCAAAACGGCUUCGCCUGCUUCGCUCUCGACAUCGAAGGCCACGGCAGAUCCGACGGCGUCCGCGCCUACGUCCCCUCCGUGGACCUCGUCGUCCACGACCUCAUUUCUUUCUUGGAUUCGAUCAAGAAACAACCAAAGUAUCAAACCUCCCCUCGGUUCCUCUUCGGAGAAUCGAUGGGAGGAGCUAUCUCUCUCCUGAUCCACUUCCUAGAUCCGGUAGCCUUCGACGGAGCCGUUCUCGUCGCUCCGAUGUGUAAAAUCUCCGACAAGGUGAGGCCUAAGUGGCCGAUCGAUCGGAUCCUGAUCACGAUCUCUAGUCUCGUUCCGACAUGGGCCAUUGUUCCGACGGAGGAUCUGUUGGAGAAGUGCAUCAAGGUGGAGGAGAAGAAGCCCAUCGCGAAGAGGAAUCCGAUGAGGUACGGUGGGAAGCCGAGGCUGGGGACGGUGAUGGAGCUGCUUAGGGUUACGGAUUACUUGGGGAAGAAGCUAAAAGAUGUGAGCGUUCCUUUCCUUGUGCUGCACGGGAGCGCGGACGUUGUGACGGAUCCUGAGGUGAGUAGAGAGUUGUAUGAGAGUGCGAAGAGUGAGGACAAGACGUUGAAGAUUUAUGAUGGGAUGAUGCAUUCGAUGUUGUUCGGUGAGACUGAUGAGAAUAUUGAGAUUGUUCGUGGGGAUAUUGUUGGUUGGUUGAAUAAUAGAUGUGGUGGAGACAGAACAUAGGAUUGUCUGAUUCUCUGUGUUUAUUUGAUGAUUUUUAAUGUUGUGUAUAGUAUUCAUAUUUUAUCAAGAAACGAUGUGUUAUGGGUUAAGUGGCUAGAUAUUGAUAUACAGAUCAAUCACAUUGUUCUUGCA